AUGAUCCUGGAUAUGGAUGGAGUUCUCUACAAGAACUCCGGGGUGGAAAACGAUAUUGUGAAGCAGCUGGGCAAGGCCACUGAGCUUCUUGGCUUGGAGCCUGAGGCACACCAAAGGCUCUUCCAAUCCUAUGGAUCAACAGUCCAAGGACUGCUGCGUGAGGGCCAUCUUUCAGGAGAAGCCAUGCAGGACUUCUAUUCCAAGGUCUACGACGGAGUCAACCUUGAGGCAUUGAGGCCUGAUCCGCUGAUGGCUCUACAGCUCCAGCAGCUGAGGGCGGACAACGUGAAUUUGUGGCUGGCCACCAACUCGCCGCGCUCAUUCGUGGAUCGAGUCCUCAAGGCUCUUCAGAUUGACGGGGACCUGCUGCGCAUCGUCUGCCCAUCGCCGGAGAACGGCUGGGUCAACAAGCCUGAUGCCAGGUUUUUUGAGACAUUGCCCCGGACGUCAAACGCAAGGUUUUUCGAUGACUCGUUUGGCCAUGUGCGCGCUGCCGUAGCUGCUGGGUUGCCCGCUGCCCAUGUGAAGCGCUCGGAUGAUGUGAUGACGCUUGUGGCAGAUGCCCUGUUGGUGGUCCCCUCAUGCUGGCGCCUGUCCAAGAGCCAUUACCUGCAGGCCAAAGAGCGCGCAGAUCUUCGAGCCCUAGCGGGUGAUGUGCAGGCACGAUUGGCUGUCGAGCUUGCCUCCCGAGGCCGGCAGAUUUCUGUUCUUGAUCUUGGUGCAGGCACGCUCUCGAUGCUUUCUGUGAUUCUGCAGGCCUUACCAGAAGGUUGUCGGGUGAAGUACACAGCCGUGGACCGGGAUGAGGUGCUGCUGAAGCAGGCUGCGGUGGAGCGCUCCUCGGAGAGUGAUGCUAUCGAAGCAUUGGAAACGGUGCCGCCGCAGACCUUGAUCGUUGGCUUUUUGGCAGCAAAUUUGCAAGAUGCCGGAGCUCUGCUCUACUUUCCUAUCCACUAUGCCGGCGUAACUGUCUUCCAAUCCACACGUGAUGUGGAAAUGGAGUUGCUUACGCGGGACUACAACCGCUCUCUGGAGUGCCGCGGCCAGGUCACCAACGUGACGUCCUUUUACAAGACGCUGGGUGAGACGAUUGCAACAGGAGCAUCCCCUUGGAUCCUUGACUCGAAGGUUGGUCCAGAUCUUAUGAAGCAGCUGAUCUCCUUCAUGGCAGUCAAUGCCCUAGGCUUCCACGGCCACACUGAAGUGGCCAAGGCUGUCGCAGCGCUGCAGGGCCCUGACGACCUGGCCGAGGAUGUUGUCUUGAAGGUGGAGAAUGUGGACUACCUCGGUCAAGUUCCGGAUGCGUCACAUGUAGCGCCUCAGCGUUUGGUUGUGGAGUUUUCCGGCCCCGGCAAAGUGCACCUGGCUGCUAGAUGCUUCCAGUAUCAAGGCAGCAGAAGCUGGUGUCUUGUCUUGGAACUCUGGCUCAGGAUCUCGGCCGGGACAGAGAGGCGAAUGCUGAUGCAUGGUCCAGGCUUGGAGCCGUUAGACGUGGCCCACGCUUACGGUCAGACAUCUUGGCCUUUCAGGUACGGGUACUGCAUCGUUGGGAUCGUUCUUGACUCGGAAUCGGCUGACCGCUCGCCCGGGGAUAGAGUUUUCUGCUUCCAUCCUCAUGCCAGCCACGCAGUCGUACGCCUUCCUGCCAUCAAGGAAAUUCCAUCCGAUAUCUCGGAUGAGGAUGCCGUGUUCUUUGCCAACAUGGAGACAGCCUGCGCUUUAUGCCAAGAUGCUGCCCCGGUGAUAGGGGAGUCUAUCGCUAUCUUCGGAGCAGGAACGGUUGGCGCUCUCACGGCGGCAGUGUUGGCGCACCACGGGCACGCUGUCACCGUUUUCGACACCAGGGCCGAGCGGGUCACGGCGUUGCAGCAAAGAUUUCCAACAGUCUGCAGUGAAGGCGAUGACUUUGACAUCUGCAUUGAAGUGAGUGGCUCACAAGAUGCACUGGCCUCUGCCAUUCAGCUGUGCCGUCGCGGCGGGACCGUUGUGCUUGGCUCACUGUAUGAGGAGUCCGUCACGAGUCUCCCGCUGGGUCUUCGUUUCCACCGUUCGGAGAUCUCUAUGAAAGCAUCGCAGGUAAGCCGAAUUCCUGCACAGCUUUCGACGCGCUGGGAUAAGGAGCGACGGAGCAGUCUGGCAUGGUCGUUCAUUCGAGAGCUACGCCCCAAGGAGUGGAUCGACUUGACUUUCGUGCCAGUGUCUACUGCCCCAGCCGUGUACCAGGAGCUGAUCGGGAGUGGCAAGGUGGGUGGAAGUGACAGCUCACCGCAGCAACGGAUCUUCACCUACAACGACAAAUGA